CAGACAAACAGGUUGGAGCUCCGUUUCCGGCCUGAAGAUCCGUAUUCACAUCCUGCUUUUGGAAAGCUUAAGCUUUCUCGAAGUUUCCUGUUAAAAAUAACACGAGAGAAAGUUAUGGAUUCCGAAAAUGCAGAUACCAACUGUAGAUCGUCAGAAUCUUCUUCUUCAGCGGGGUUGGUUAAUAUUGAACAAAAUGAGUCACAUCCUGAAUUCUCUAAAGCCUCCAAACAAGCCAAUCAAACUAAAACGAUAUCAGCUGAUUCUUGUGAACAUGUUGAAGGGAGGAAAGAGGAAGCUUUGAAACCACAUCUCUCAGCUGAUAUUGUUGCUCAAGUUGCUGAAGCCUAUCAUUUUAAUGGAAUGGUAGAUUAUCAACAUGUUAUUGCUGUCCAUGCUGAUGUUGCUAAAAGAAAGAAGAGAAAAUGGGAUGAGUUGGAACCCCGCCUUGAGAAGAGCAGUCUUAUAGAUGUUGAGCAAGAUGACCUAAUGAUUUUAGUACCACAACUAUUCUCCAUGAAGGAUAUGCCAGAAAAUAUUGUGUGAGAUGUGCAAUAUCUUCUUAAGUUUUUUUGUUUUUGGGGGG